AUGUCGAAUUCAUCCAACAUCGGCGGCAAGUCCUCAUCGACUCAACCAUCCGCCGCCCACGCCGCCCCUCCCUUCUCCCCGGCUGCAUCCUCGAGUUUCGACUCCAACCGUCGUCCCUUCCAGAGCAGCCAGUCCAUUGCAAUCGCCGCGCCCAGGAAGGGACAGGGCCAACGCAAGCAACACCGAACCCAGAAAAGAGCUGGCUCAUACAGGGACGACGAGGACGAGAUGGACGAGAUAAGGGCCAUCCGUAACGCCUCCAGCCGCCGUGGCCAGACCUCCAUCACUCAUUUGCUGAAUUACUCCUCGCCGCGGCCCCGUUUCGAGAACCACCACACCCCCUACAACCGAAACUACCGCCGCAAUCCCACCUGGGGCCCGGGAUCAGGUUACCACACCGCCGAUAAGGCCCGCUAUGUACAUGCCAACUACCGUUUCAUUGUGUCGCCCAAGGGCAAUUACUCGAAGCAGGCUGUCGAUGCGGACGAGCAUCUAGACUGGGCAGAUGUGCUCCAGGUGUUGGCUUCUGCCGAGUCGCAGGCCGCGUCCUGUCCAAUCUGCCUGUCCGAGCCUGUCGCACCUCGGAUGGCAACAUGCGGCCAUAUUUUCUGCCUGCCGUGUCUGAUUCGGUACAUGCACUCGACCUCGAGCGAGGAAGCCAGCGCGCAUGAGAAGAAAUCUAGAUGGAAGAAGUGUCCAAUCUGCGAUGACAGCGUACAAGUGUCUGAAGUGCGACCGGUGCGCUUCUACGCCGGCCAGGAGAGCCCACUACCGCGGCCUGGCGACGAUGUCGUUCUUCGUCUCAUGAUGCGCUACGACAAGUCGACACUCGCAUUACCCAAGGAAGGCGGAGCAGAGGUUCUGAGUUCCGGGGAUGAGAUCCCCUGGCACUUUGCAGCCAAUGUCCUGGAUUAUGCCCGCAUCAUGCGGGGCACAUCCGAUUACAUGACGGAGCAGUAUAAUAACGAGAUUGAGCAAUUGACCAAACAAGAGAAAGAGGACGAGCUGCUUUUCAACGAGGACGGGGAGUGGACGCAGCGGGCUGUCAAGGCGAUCGAGGCUUCCAAGGACAGAGUCAAAGACCUGGGAGAAGUUGAGGUCGCCUUGGCGGAAGCGUCCAAGGAUUCGAGCUCUGGCAAGCGUGCAGAGUCUGAGCACGAGUUCUACUUUUACACCUCACCCCCACACCUUUACCUCUCGCCCUUGGAUAUCCGGAUCCUCAAGACAAAGUACGGCUCCUUCUCACAGUUUCCGUCAACACUCUUGCCAAGAGUGGAGCACAUUUCGACGGGAAACACGCUUGACGACGCACUACGGAAGCGAGCAAAGUAUCUUGGGCACAUCCCCAGAGGAUGUCUCAUUUCCUUCCUGGAGUGCGAUUGGACAGAUAUCGUCCCGAAUGAGGUUCUGGAUACCUUCAAGGACGAGAUUGAGCGACGGCGGAAACGUAAUCGUGACAAGGAUGCACAGGAAGAGCGUGAACGUCAACAAGCAGAACGCCUGGAAUCUGCUGCAUAUCGUCGUGGGCCGGGGAGGACCAUCCUAAGCGCUGCGGACGAGAGUUUCACCAUGCGGUAUAGCGAUGAGGGCAACUCUGACCGCCUGAACAUGGACGAUUUUCAACCACUUGGCGCAGCAAGCACGACUCCUCCAAAUCCUCGACCUGGCUUCACCCCGCUGGCAUCAAUGUCCACCAGUCCCUCGACGCAGAGGACAAUAUGGGGCACCCCGGCCAUUCCACCAUCCCCCACAUCAGGCCCGACGGACCCAGUAGAUGUGGAUGACGGAUGGCUCAGGAACGACCAAUUCCUUGACUCACUUGGAGCAGCAGAGUUGGCCGUUCAGAUGGAGGCAUUGGGUGUGGAGCCCGCAACGCCAGAGGGAGCUUCGGGAGGCAACAGCGGGGGCAAGAAGAAGAAGAAGCAGAAGCAGAAAAUCACUCUGAUGAGCACUGGUGGUAAGAGAGGCAACUAG